AUGUCAAUUCCCUUACAUUCACUGCGAUUCAACAACAUGAUGAGGGAGGAAAAUGCCGACUCCCAAAACAGGGGGACAACUUUCUCUAGAUCAAUGACAGAGACCAGAGCAGAGGUCCAAUUUCUGCAUUCUCAUGUACAGUUGCCUAUAGUCUCAACUUCAGCCUCAGACCCUGGAACUACAACAACACAGGUGAUGACAUCCUCAGCCUUUGACACCCUGUCCACACCUCUAAUGGUAGCACCAAAUUCUGGAGCAUUGUCUCCACCAUUAUUGCCAGCCUCAGACUCUGGGACACUGUCCCCACUGUUAAUGCCAGCUUCGGAUUCUGGAACAUUGUCUCCACUGCUAAUGCCAGCCUCGGACUCUGGGGCAUUGUCCCCACUGCUAAUGCCAACCUCAGAUUCUGGAACAUUGUCCCCUUUGCUGUCCACUUCAGACUAUGGAUUAAUGUCCCCAGGGAUGAUGACAAUUCCUGACUUUGGGACAAUGUCUACAGCACUAAUGACAACACCAGAUUCUGCAGAGAUAUCCCCAUUGGCAAUGGCAACUCCAUCCUCGGGCACAAUGUCUACCCCUGUAAUGAGCAUUUCAUCCUCAGAGACAAUGAGCACUCCAUUAAUGCUGCCUUCAGAUCCUGGGGAAAUAUCCCCACUCCUGAUUCCAGAUAUAAACCCUGGAGUGACGUCCACCCAGCCAAUGACAACUCCAGGAUCUGAAGCUAUGUCUCCAUUGCAAAUUACAGAUGAGGACACAGAAGCCAUGUCCAAAGUACUAAUGACUGCCCUGGCCUCUGGAGAGAUAUCUUCACUGUUGAUGUCAGGCACAGACUCUGAAGUGAUAUCCUCACUGAUAAUGUCAGCUCUGGCUUCUGGAGAACCAUCCACUCAGACAACAAGCACCCAAGACUCGGAGGGAAUGUCCGCUGUGCUCAUGUCAGGCCCAGACUCUGGAGUUGUGUCUUCACUGCUCAUGUCAGCUUCAGGCUCUGGAGCAAUGUCCACACCGAUGCUAGAUGUCCCAGAUGCUGAAGUAUCCACAUUACCAAAGUCAGCUCCAGAUGCCGAGGUAAUGUCCCCACUGCUAAUGACUGCCCUAACCUCCACAGUGAUGCCCACCCAACUGAUGCCAGCCCCAAGCCCUGGAACGAUGCCCACACAGUUAACACAAAACAUAGACUCUGAAAUCAUGUCUGCUCCAGCAAUGAGAGCAAUACCCCCUGGAAUGAUGCCUUCUCUGCCAGGGAGAGCUUCUGACUUGGGGGCAAUGCCAUCCACACCACGAAUGAGAGCUCAGGCCUCUGGAACUAUGUCCACAUCCCACAAGACAGCCCCAGCGGCUGGAGCAGUGUCCACUCCACUGAUGACUGUCACAAGUGCCGGAACAACGUUCACAGAGCACAUGUCAACUACAGCUUCUACUGUGUUGUCCACACACUUAACAAUGGCCAAGACUUCCAGAACAAUGCCUACAGGCUUUUUGAAAGUUUCUGCCAAUGGAGCGAUGUCCACACAGCGAAUGAGAGCCCCAGCUUCUGGAGUGGUGUCUACACAGCGAGUUACAGCCACAGCCUCUGAAACAAUGUCUGUGUCACAAUCAACAGCUCCAGUUUCUGGGUCCAUGUGUACCCAGCAAAUCAGAACCCCUGUCUCUGGAGCAAUGUCCACAUCACAAAUGAGAAGCACAGCCUCAGGACUGACAUCUGCCUCACACAUGAGAGCCACAGCAUCUGGGUCAAUGUCCACACUGUUAACGAGAGACACAGCCUCUGGAGCAUUGUCCAAGCCACUAGUGACAUCCAAAGCCUCUGGAACAAUGUUCAUGCAGCAAAUAACUGCAGCUUCUGGGGAGAUGCCCACCCCACUAAUGAGAGACAUAGCUCCUGGAGCUCUGUCCAUGUCACAAAUGACAGACACAGCCUCAGAAGGGAUGUCCACAUUGCUAAUGAGAACCACAGCUUCUGGAGCGAUGUCCACAUCGCAAAUGACAGCCACUGCCUCUGGAGAUAUGUCCAUACCUAUGAUGAGAAGCCUGGGUCCUGGAGCAACAGCUAUGACACAAAUGAGAGCCACAGCCUCUGGGCAAAUGCUUACUCAGCCAAUGAGCACCCAAGACUCUGGAGGGAUGUCUACGUCACUCAUGAGAUCCAUGGUCUCAGGAGGGUUGCAGAUGAGAGCCCAGACCUCUGGAGCAGUGUCCACAUCAGUAAUGAGAGCCUCGGACUCUGGAGAGAUGUCCACACUGCCCAUCAGAGCUUCAUCCUCUGGAGAGAGGUCUCUGCCCCUAAUGAGACCCUCAGUUUCUGGAGAGACUGUUACACCUCAGAAGACCCCAGCUUAUGGAGCAGUAUCUGUCCCAAGAAUGACAGCCACAUCUGAAAUGAUGUCAAUGCCACAGAUGAAGGCUUCAGCCUCUGGAGCAGUAUCCACACCGCUGAGAUCUAUAGCCUCUGGAGGGAUGUCCAUGCCUCAGAUGACAGCCGCAGCCUCUGGAGGAGUACCUAGGCUGCAAAUGAGAACCCUGGCUUCUAGAACAAGGCCCACACCACAAAUGAUACCCACAGCUUCUGGAGACAUGUGCACACUCCCAGUGCGAGCUUCAGUCCCUGGAGAGAUGACCCCACCACCAGUCAGAGCACCAGUCUCUGGAAUUAUGUCCACGCCACUAAGGAGGCCCUCGGCCUCUGGAGCUGUGACCACAGAGUUAAUGAGAGCUCCAGCCUCUGGAAAGAUGUCUACUGCACAAAUGACAGCCAAUGCCUCUGAAGGGAUGUCUAAGCCAUUCAUGAGAGCCACAGCCUCUGGAACAGUGCCCAUGCCUUUGAUGUCAGCCAUGACUUCUGGAGAGAUGUCUGUGCCACUAAUGAAAACCAUGGCCUCUGGAGCAGUGCCAACACUGCAAAGCAAAGUUGUGAACUCUAGAUCUAUGUCCUUGCCACAAGCAACAUACACAGCUUCUGGAGGGUUGUCUAAGCCACCAACGAGAGCCUCAGCUUCUGGAGCCAUGUCCACACCACUUAUGAGAACCUCAACUUCUGGAAUGAUGUCCAUGCCACUAGUGAGGGGCACGACCUCUGGAGGGAUAGCCAUGCCACAAAUGACAACCACCACCUCUGGGGGGAUGUCCACACCGCUAAUGAGAGCCCCAGCACCUGGAACAAUGUCCACACCACAAACAGCUUUUGGAAUGAUGCCCACUCUUGAAAUGAAAGCCACAGACUGUGGACAGACAUCUACUUCUCAUACCAAAGUGAAAGUUUCUGGAUCAAAGUCCACACCACAUAUGAGUGCCACAAUUCCGGAAACAACAAACCCACCACCAAAGGAAGUGCCAUCCUUUGGCAUGUUGACCCCGGCACUCUGUUAUCUCCUAGAAGAGCAGGAAGCAGCCCGAGGCGCAUGCUCUGUGGAGGAAGAGAUGGAGAUUGAUGAGGAGAAGCAAAUGAAGGGCUUUUUGAAUGAUUCAGAGAAAAUGGCAUUUCUGGUGUCUCUUCAUCUGGGGGCAGCGGAGAGGUGGUCUAUCCUGCAGAUGGAGGUAGGUAACCCUCUCUCAGAUGAAAAUAAAUCCUUCCUGAGAAGGUCACAGGGCUUAUAUGACUCCCUGUCUGAGAUAGACAUCCUCAGUGCUGUUCUUUGCCAUCCCAAGCAAGGCCAGAAGUCAGUCAGGCAGUAUGCCACUGACUUCCUGCUGCUGGCCCGACAUUUGUCUUGGUCUGAUGCCAUUCUACGGACCAGGUUUCUGGAAGGACUCUCAGAAGCUGUUACCACCAAAAUGGGUCGGAUCUUCCUGAAGGUGGCUGGCAGCCUAAAGGAGCUGAUAGACAGGUCUCUCUACACCGAGUGCCAGCUGGCUGAAGAAAAGGAUUCCCCAGGCAACUCAAGCCAGAUUCUGCCGACAGCCUGUAAGCGGAAUAAUGAGGAGGCCAUGGAGAGUGAACUAGGCUCUCAGCAGCAGACCGAAGAGCACCAACAUGUUCCCAAACGCUGUUACUACCUGAAAGAGCAUGGAGAUCCCCAAGAGGGUCUUCACGAUCACCUUCGACAGAGCACAGGCCAUCAGAAGGGCCCCACUAACAAGUAG